AGUGACGUGGCACGAUGGGGUAGCAGCGGCCACGGGAUUAAAAAAAAAAAAACUAAAGACCCCAACGCAGAGGAGACGCCGCGGCCGAACCCCAUCCAUCCUCCUCCUUCCCCCCCUCCUCGCCUCAUCCUUCCCCACUCGUGCGUGUCUUCUUCCCCCCUCUUCUCAUCCUUCUUGUCGUUUACUGCUUCCAGUGGCGGAGUCCAUCGAGAUCGGCACCCUCGCCGGCUGCCGGAGAGGCCGGAUCGCGGACGCGGAGCCAUGAGCGCGGCGGAGAACGCCACGCCGCGGGAGCUGUUGGAGAAGCCGCUCGCCGAACUCACAGAGGAGGACAUCGCGCAGCUCACCCGCGAGGAUUGUCGCCGCUUCCUCAAGGCCAAUGGGAUGCGGCGGCCGUCGUGGAACAAAUCGCAGGUGAUCCAGCAAGCUAUCUCACUCAAGGCGCUCCGCGAGGGGCGGCCGGGCUGCGAUGACUGUCCUGCCGGCGGCGAAAUACGCCGGAAGUGUGUCCCUGCUUGUGGCCAGCAGCCGCAGGGGUCUCCCGAGGAUUCUUUCCUGCCUAGGGAAGCCAGAAGAUUGCUGUCCUCGCCGAAGGAGAAGGCCCCGUACCGGAGAAGAGACCCGAUCUCGCUGUUGCAGUACUCUGCCGGAUCUCCGACUUCUCGGAUCCCGAUCGCGAUGGGAGACCACGCUGAUACCCUGUCGGAGAACCGGUUCCUCUCUGCCAGGACGACGGCGGAGCUGCCGGUGGCGGCGCAGAUGACUAUAUUCUACGACGGGACGGCCAACGGCUACGAUGGCGUGACCUGUGAUCAGCUGCCGCCCUCGGCCUCGCAGACCAAGGCCGUCUUGGACCUGGCGGCCGGCACGGCCUGCUUCGACGACGUCCCGAGGCCAGUGCCCCCAGCUCAACCGCUGGCCUACAGCCGCCUUCCCGGCUUCCCCACGCCCAGCGUGCCUCCCCGGCUCUCCGGGCCUCUCUCCUUCCUUGCGGCGAACGGCAUGUCGGGCCACCACGCGGCGGACGGCGCGGAAGACGGGAGAACACCGCGGGAAACAGAGACUGAUGGUGGGACAAACAGAAAAGCCUCAUUGCAGAGAUACUUGGAGAAAAGAAAAGAUAGGUUCAAGGGUAAGAAAAUUCUCGGAGGGCCAACUUAUUCAUGUUCAGAAAAGAUGUACUUCAAUGAGAAUUUUAGAUGCCCAAACCCGAUUGAUUUUACCAACCUGAAUAUGACAAGCCUCUCGCCAACGACGCAGCAUCAAGCACCUCACUCUCCAGCUGGCUGCUUAGAAAAUCAAGGUCGAGCAGGCAGAUUUCUCAUCGAUCUCAAUGUUGAUGGCGAUGAGAAUUGCUGAAGCUGUAGCAUAUUGCUUGGCAUCCAAUACAUCUGUAAUUUUGCAUUCACGAUCGAAGUGGGGAAAACUGCGCACACAAGUUGCAGAGGUUCUACAGUUUUGAGGAAUUAGUAUAUGCUAACCUAUCUGCUUUAUUCCUAGAUUGAUGUAUCUGUGAAAUCAUGGUUGUUUCCCAUGUCGAUGUCAGAAACCAACGUGGUCAGGUGAAAGCUGAGUUAAAUUGAACAGUCUGAAGGUUGCUGCUAACCCAACACUUUAACUGUUAUUGUGUAGUUAUCUUCCUACCAGCUCAUGGCAGUAAGCAUGUUCCCAUUAGAUAUGUAUUAGAAAAUGUGGGUGGUGUUGUGUUGAUGGUGGCUGAUAUUGUUUGACCUCAUGUUUCUUUGCAUGAGAUGCUUACGGAAGUAGUUAUUUUUGAAUGCAAUGCACAGCUACAAUCUGAGUUGCUCGCUGUGUUGGUAUUUGAAUC